GGCGGCACUCCUGAGGUGGAGUGAGGAAGAGAAGAUGGAGCACUUAGGGUAACACGUGUCAUUGAACCUAGGGAGGGACAUAAUGGCGAUCGUCGCCACGAGUGGGUUGUGGAAGGAGGCUUGGGACAUGAUGAUGAGAAAGUACUUGGCGGCCGAGAAGAUGGCCACAGAAGCAGAAUUGGCCGCUGUGCAAAGAAAGGAUUUCGCAACGUACAAUGACUUCCUGAGAGAGUUUACUCUCGUAGCGCUGCGCAUCGCCGGGGUGACCGAUCGAAUAAUGAACAAGUAUUUCCUAAGACAAUUCACAGAGUUCGAUAAGAACGAAACCCUGUCAGACUACCAGCAAACCACAAAAUUCCUGAACACAAGGGAUGUUGACUUCAGCACGAUAACCGACAUUGCGGAGAAAAUUGUCGUAACCGACUCGCUGGCCCUGUUAAAAGAAAGGGAAGUCAUAGACCUAACGGGCAAGAUGGGUGAUAAGGUAAAGAGAGGGAUUGAGAGUCUGCAUGAGCGUGUUCAUGGGGUAGACGGGAAAAGCGAGAGAGUAGAGAACGCCCUGAUGGUAAUGCAAGCCCAGGUUUCGCAGAGCAAGGCAGUACGGCCUCCUCUCCCGCCUCAGGAAGCGAUCGCCCCCGCAGGUAUAGCCAACCGUGGGAACAGUCGAAGGGACCCGGCCAACGAGCAGUGCAAAUAUUGCACGCUGAUCGGACACUUCGUACGGAUGUGCCCGAGGCUCAACCAUGAUAUCGUGCUUAAACGGCACUCCAGGACCAUGCACGGAAAAAUUUUAGGACCUCUGGGGGAGAGAAUAAAUUGGAAUUCGCCAGGAGGAAUGCAUCGGGCCGUGAUUGCAUUCAACAACCUAGACGCCGCUGUAGUAGAAGCUGAGCCUGUGGCGGAACUCACUUGGGGGCAGGCACAGGGACGAGGGCCCCAUGCCAAUUUCAUCAUGGAAAGCGAUGGACGGGAUAGGGUUAACGUAACCACUAGGCAACGGAUCGCCGCAAAAAAGGUCGUGCAGGAUGCGAUCAUGGAGGAUGCGCAUGAAGGACCAAAUAUGUCACCAGGAGUAACAGAGUCGGACAAGGACAGAGCCUAUGGGAAACCUAGGGAUGGGACCCCCGUCGAUAAGGCAACAACGACAAAAAAGAAGUUCCGGUACCAGAUACCCAUCCUUGCCACGCCAGAGAUCGAUGACACCCUUAGUAAACUGCUAGGGACCAUGGUGUCGGUAUCAUUCCAGACGAUGUUACAGGAUAGCCCUAGACUUCUGAAGGGACUCAGACACCUAUUAACAAGCCAAAGGAUCGAAGUAGAGGAGGAACUGGGGCACCGGGAAGAAGAGAAGCAAGAAGAAGCACCACAAGAAGUCGCAAACUUCCAGAGUGUCCUUAGCGACCUAGAGGAUUUGGAAAAAGCCUUUGCGGAUAUUCGACUAAGCCUGCCAGAUCGGGAGGGAGGUGAAGUCAUGAGGGCCCCUCCCGAUCUGUACUCGGGGUACGAUCAGCUUCCGCUGGAUGUCAGAGACAGAUCCUACACGCCUAUGCAUAUGCCGGUAGGCCAGUUGCAAAUGCAAGUCACGUCCAUGAGUUUUACCAACGCAGUAACAGAAACGCAAAGGAGGAUGCUUGCGAUCGCAAGGGACAUGUUUCCUGCGAGGUGUGAGCCCUAUAUCGAUGACAAUCCCAUAAAAGGGGCACGUGAAAAGGAUGAGACGGAGGUUCAGCCGGGAGUGAGAAAAUUCGUGUGGGACCACCUACAGGAUAUCAAAGAGCUGCUGCGAAGGUUCCUAGAGUAUAAUAUAACUGCUAGCGGCCCAAAGAGUAUCCUGGCAGUUCCGGAAGUCACCAUUAUGGGGUUCCAUUAUGGAGCAUACGGAAGGAAGCCGGACCCGGCUAAGACUGACAAAAUUGUUCAAUGGCCUACACCCCUCCGAACCACAACAGAAGUGAGGGCCUUCCUGGGCGUCGUAGGCUUCUGGAAAAUCUUUAUAAAGGGGUUCACAAAGAUAGCAGAACCUAUUUGGGCCAUGAUCCGUGAGGAAGGCACGCUUGACUGGACCGAGGACCGGGAGACGAUCGUCCAAACCUUGAAGAAGAUACUGAUAUCCGAAGAAGUUACCCUUGUCGCCCCGUGCUUCAAUGACGAAGUAGGACGCCCCUUCGUGCUUGAAACCGAUGGGGGACCGUUAGCCGUAGGUGGGGUAUUGAUCCAAAAAGGCGAAGAUGGGAGAGAGCGUCCCAUUAGAUUCGAUAGUAGAACGCUCAACUCAGCCGAGCGUCGCUAUUCUCAGUUGAAGAAGGAGGUGCUUGCGAUACUCCACUGCCUCAAGACCUUCCAGGCGUAUCUCUUUGGGAGAAGGUUCAUCUUGAUGAUAGAUCCGACCAAUGUCGUGGGAGCCUUAAAGAACUAUAGGCCUAUCGAUCCCACCGUGGGGAGAUGGGUAGGGUUCAUUUGGCAAUUUGACUACGAGAUUGAGCGUAUAGCUGGUCUUAGGAAUCGAUCAGACGACAUGAGCAGGGUGAGCCUUACGCCGGAGGGACUAAAAGAAGCAGAGUCGAUCGAUGCAUUCCUCGAUCACAAGGGAGGGACUCUGGUGGUGGAUAAUGAGAUGGCUGGGACCGCCUGCAUGACCGGAGAAUUGUUGAUCAAAGCGUUAGAGAAGGGGUCUUCCACGGUGGUAGCCGAACUCAGAAAAGGGGUGGUCACCAGGGUUGGACGAAAGGAGGAGAAGGACGCUUGGGGUAGUAUUGUGGGGCCUCGGGAAGAACGGAUGACACUAGCCAUAGAAGAAGACAGCCCAAGCAAGAUGAAGUUCAAUAACAAGAAUUUCAUUAACCAGACAAGCACCGCUUGUGAGGAUCCGUGGAGGCAGUCAGGUAGACCGCGAGAUAGACAAAGACCGGUGCUGGUUAUUGGGCCACAACCAAGAGCAUCACUAGGGAAAAGAAAGAGGAAGUUGUCUGUUUGUAAACCCUCGCCUACCAAGGAAGACGAGGUACUACCCGCCUGGUCAGAAGAGGAGGAUGAACAGGGAAUGAAUGGGAAGGGGGAAGAAACUAAGCAAACCAAUCAUAACGAGGAAAGGCAGGAAGGAGAGAAUAGUGAUCCGGAAGAUGACGUUCAGGAAGUCAUUGCAAUAAGCAGUGAGGACGAGACGGAUGAGAUAUCAAGGCCACGAGAGGAAAGAGAGUCUUCGACAAAAAACCCGGAUAAAGGAGCCACCAAUUGGGAAGAAGAAUUUGGGUCAACGUCCAGUCACUGGUUUGAGCAAUGGACAAGUGUGGUUAAGCACGAGUGGAUAAUUAAAGCACAAAAGUUGAUGGUGGCCGGGAGAACACCUACGUCGUUGGACUUUUUCACUGAAAAGGAUAUGGAGUUGGCAAAGGAAAAGAGGGAUGAGAUUCGGACUUAUGGGUUGGGCAUGGAGCCACCCUCGAGGGAUAGCAGCGAGAAAGGGGCUAAACGCCAAAUGACAAAUUCAAGUGCUAUGAAUUAAGGAUGGGUUGGCAAGAGAACAUGAUGGCAAGAGCAAAGGGCGGCCAGAAUUGAGAUUGUCGGUUGGGUCGUGGAAGGCAUGAGAUUUGCAGACUAGAUGAA